CUUUCGAUUCCUCCCCACUACAAGCUACACGAGAUCGUAAUUCGACUUAUGAUCUGUAAAGCUCAGGUGUUUCGUCGCAGACUUUCUUGGUAAGGAGCUCAAGUGGGAGCCUGUAGGGCCAAGAUCAAAUGGCGACAGCAUCUGCGAGCGAGACGAGGCUGGAGACGCCCAGGAAAGAGAGCACUGGAGUACUUGGCAUGCUCAAAAAUCUCAUCAGUCCUACGAAGAAACCGACUCCGACCAAAGUCGUACCACAAGAAGAUCAGAUCAUGGAGGAGAGCGAUGAUGUUCCAGAGGAAGAAGAAAUGGCGAAUGAACCGCCACAAGAGACCCUCGCUCCCCUCCCACCAGCCAAUUCGGAAGAGUCUGAGCAAGACUCUCCGAUUGCACUUAUGCCGCCCGUUAGAGAGUACCUGCCUCGAAAGAAUACAUACGAUGUAGACGAGUCCGAUGAACACGAAAAGGUUUCUCCUAGGAAACGAGCAAAGCAUAUGUCGAAAUCCAAGGCACCACUUGUUAUGGCGAAGACAAGUAAAGGGCUAGUUCCUGGCAAACAGCACCAGACUCGAGGCAAAGGUAGUGUUUUGAGUGUUCCUACAGUUAACGGUCGAGGAACAUCUUCUCGCAAAUUUCCAGUAAGAGAGCGUAUCGACGAGGAAGCUGUGACAGAGCCGUCAACUCCUCGGAAGGGUAGAGGCCGACCAAAAAAGAAUGCUGCCUCUAUCCGUGCCUCGGAAGUGCAAGAAACCGAGGCGGUCGUGGAAGAUACCAGGAAUGUCGAUGGAAUCCUUUUGGAUCCAGGCCCGGAAAAUCCCGCCAACAUACCUACGACCAUUCAACGUGUGCACUCAAAACGGAAUCCCGAAUCGCUAUCUCAAAUGAUGGCAGACUACAGUGAAGGCGAGGAGGCACCUGCGGCAUCUGGGGAGGAUCAGGAGCACUUUGACCAGGAGGAAAAUGAUAAUGGAGAGGAGAAUGAAGAAAAUGGGAGUGGUGAAGAAGAGGACGAGCUCCUCGAUGAUGCCGAAGACCACUUAAUCAAGAUAAGACUUCUCAGAGAUAUGCUUAGCAUAGCUAAUCAAGUGGGACACAAGGAUGUGAACGGUGAAUGGAGGUGGCAAGAGGUUGCAGGGAAUAUCAAAGAUAGGAGGGAAACACCUCUAACCGAACCAGGCAAGAGAAUCAAGAAAAAGGUCGAGGAUCUGAUACGACAGUGCCGUCUGUUAGAGGAAGCACAAGAAUCAGAUCCUAGCAUCCCGGAUCUUGAAGCAGGGAUCUCUUCACGUCUUGUUACUCUAGGAGAAGAGCUUGAAGGUAUGCGAAAACCAGGACUUGAGAUUCCUGAGGAUGAGAUGACGCUGGAUGAGAUGACGCUGAUAAAGGAAACCCUUCUUGAUACGUACUUCAACAUUGUCCCAGGGCUUCUCAAAGUCAUCGUCGCCUAUGCUGAAGCAAAGCUUGACCGAGGUUCAAUGGAAGAUCAUGAUCUUGCCGAGUUUCAAGACCUUUGUCGUUGGCUGUUUGAUUUGGCAAGUUCGGCUUUGAAGCAUCCACCAAGACUGCAGCCCAAAGCUGCUGCACGCUCGAAGGGUAUCUCUUAUCGGAUCUCACAGCCAACUAGAAGCGUGUUAGCCCAACUUGGGCCCUUUCUGCAAAAAUUGGACAAAGAAUUGGCUUCUCGACAACGUGCCGAAGAAGCAGCUGAGCGUCGCCGACUAGCCCCUGGAUUGGCUAAGAAGCGUGAAGAAGAGGAAGCACGAAUGAGAACCGAGAGGAGACGUGCUUUAAAUCAGCUUCACCGGGAGCAAUGGGCAGCUCUCGAAAGAAUACAGAAUGACCCCGAGCGGCAAGCUUGGAGACGAGUUACCAGUUCCAAUCCACAGAAAGACGCUCUUCGUUCCAGCUAUCGCUCAUCCACCAAUUCGUCGCAACGUAAUCCCGAGCAAGAGAUUGUCGACGAGGACGAUCCAUUUAGCGAAGACGAUAGACGCCAGGCUGAAGAACCCAGUAGGUCUUCCGCAAGGGACGCCCGCGAACAAGAGCGAAUUCGCAGAGAGGAAAGGUUGCGUGAGCAAGAGAAGAUCCGCCUGGAAGACGAGGCACGAUGGGAGCAGGAGAGGGCUCGAGAACGCAAGGAGCUUCACAAGCUCCAACACAAAGUUUUUCAGGAAAGGCUCCGAGAAAGGUUUGACGAACCUUUUUGGGGACAAGUUCUGUACAAAGACAUCGUCCGAGCUGAGGAAGCUAGAGCGCUCUCCCAGUCAAGAUCUCGUUCUCAAACAAUCGAGCAGAAUGGCCACGCUGGUGAAGACGAUAAUCGUGCAGACAAUGACCCAGAUGCCGAAUCAGACGAUCCUUUCGCUGAUGAGGAUGCUCCUAAGCCACAGAAAGUAUUUGAUUACAAAAGGGGUGACCAUCUCAACAACGCGAAGCCUGUCUCCGACCAGGAAAAAGAUUUAUUUGUUGAGAUGAUGAUGCACGGACAUGGAGACCCAAAUCGUUACCAGCGAGCCGCCCAGAGACUCCAAAGAACCAUGGACGAAAUCUUUGCAAUGGCAAAGGACUUCCAGGAGGCAAUGGACGCGGAGCACGAGAAAGGAAACAUCAAUGAGGAAUGUGAUAAAUGGACUUAUAGCGUCUGGCAAGCGCCAAACAGCGAGGCUACUUGAUUUUCGGAUCGGCGUUGAACGAGAAAAAAGGGGUUUGGCGUUUGGGAGAUUAUGUUUAUGAUACCCCUAUAUCCACAUACUGGAUUGCUUUGCUAGUUCAAAAUUGCC